AGUGAGUCAGUGUUAUAAAUAGUGUAAGCACACAUUCACAUACCUGAACUCAAAUAAAUAACACCUGCACACCUGGCUUGGAUCUGCUCAGCCAUUGACAGGUGCCUAGAGAAUAUCUCUGCCUGACUCAGAGGUGGAAUAGGACUUGUGCACUAUAAGCAUGAGAAGCAUGUGACCUUCCUUCAAUCAAAGCUGUAAUGAUCCCACGUGGGGAGACAAUGGAUCCGGGGGAGAGUGGAGAGCUUCUAGACCUCAGUUUCUUAACUGGAGAAGAGCAACUAAUGAUAGUACAGGUGCUAGAGCGAGACACAGAGCUGAAGGCCAAAGAAGAUCAGCGCAUAAACAAGCUGCGAUCAACUCUGUCAGACAAGAAAGCAUUCAAACGUCUGUCAGGGGAAUGGUUCUGUGAUGUGAGGGCUACACGUCCUUGGGGACAGACAGGUGGUAUUGACAUUGUGCAGGCAUCAAUUAGAAGGAAAAAAAAAGUCAGAGGUGAAUGUGAUGUAAACUGGGGUCAAGAUGAGAAUGGAGAGAGUGACGGACCAGAAGAAACAGAAACGUUGGCACCUGUGAGAAAAUUAUCCACGGAAUCCCUUCCAGAUCGGCUCUCCAGUGAUGCACAGGAUUGGAGCAGCUCAAAAGAGGAUGAGGGGGGAGACACAACAGAUGGGAAGAACAGUAUGGAAGAAAUAAACUUAUCUCCAGUAAAUGGCACAGUUUCAAGUGAAGAUACUAAUGGGGAAAGCCUGGAAGAAAAAGAACACCGGAACCUCAACCACAGCCCAUCAAUUCGACAGCUGGCAAAUAAUUCUCAAAUUUCUGGCAGUAUGAUGAGCCUGUUUAGCACAGGGGAAGUGCGAUCAGUUGACGUUCGUGGCUGUGUCCAGUUCUCUCUUCAAUACGAUCCCUCCAAGAAGGAGCUGAAUGUCUUAAUUAUUCAAUGCAGGGACCUGACACCCGCACAGAGCAAAACCUCCAAUCCGUAUAUAAAGUGUUAUUUGCUCCCUGAUAAAACUGCUCAGGGGAAGAGGAAAUCAAAGUUGAAAAAGAAGACUCUGGAACCGUUCUUUAAUGAGACCCUAAAAUACAAGGUGGAAUGGUCAGAGUUGCAAAGCAGAGUCCUCAAUCUGUCUGUGUGGCACAGGGGGUCACUGGGAAGAAACCUUUUUCUUGGUGAGGUGGAAGUGGAUCUUGUGUCCUGGGACUGGAGCAAAACUCAGCCAGCCUGGUACAAUCUCCAGCCAAGGACUCCCCUAUCUCCAGAAUUCCUUUGCAGUCGAGGUCGGCUUAGAGUUGCUGUGAAAUAUGUUCCACAAGGGGCAGAAGGCUUAGGGCUUCCUCCCACUGGUGAACUCCAUGUUUGGAUUAAGGAGGCACAGCAACUUGUACCUCACAAGGCUGGAAAUGUCAGCACUUUUGUAAAGUGCUUUGUGCUUCCCGAUUCCAGUCCAUCCAACAUACAGCGCACACGUGUGAUCCCACAUAGCUUGCAUCCAGUGUUUAACCACACCAUGGUGUAUGAUGGCUUCAGUGGAGAAGACCUCAAAGAAGCCUGUGUUGAAUGCAUCAUUUGGGACCAGGGUAAAAUAGGAAGUCGACCUCUUGGGGGCAUUCGCCUCAGCACCGGAAAAGGAAGCAGCUAUGAAAACAGUGUCAACUGGAUGGAUUCCACAGAAGAGGAGAAGGCAUUCUGGAAAUCAGUUAUAAAUAAUCCUGCGGAGUGGGCAGAGAUUGUGCUGCCACUAAGACAAAAUUUAACUUCACGUUGACUGAUUAAUACCAGUUAAAGAGGUGACCUACAAUGAAGAUUACCCCAGACAUAAAUCAUACAACCUAGGCUGAGGAUAGACCCUUACUCUGGGUUUGCUGAAAACUGUUACACAUAAUGCCAAGUGGAACCGUUUGUGAAUGAACUUGACCCUGCAAAAUAAAAGGGUUACCUGUA